AGUAGAUAUUACUAUGGUACCGAUGUCGAAAUAACAGUGAAAGUCAUUGUUAGAAUUACCAAAAAUCAUACUAAAAUGAAUAAAUUAAAAUCAUCACAGAGAGACAAAGUCAAGAAAUUCGUCGCGUUUACCCAAACCAGCGAAAGCACUGCGAUUUAUUGUCUUACUCAGAAUGAUUGGAAACUGGACCUGGCUAGUGAUAACUAUUUUCAGAACCCAGAUGCGUACUAUAAGGAUCCCAUUAAGGCUUCAGUAGACAGAAAAAAGUUGGAACUGUUAUUCAACAAAUACAAAGAUCAACAAGAGAAUGAUAAGAUCACAGUGGAUGGAGUCAUGAAAUUUCUAGAAGAUUUAAAUCUUAGCCCUGAAUCUAUAUUAGUACUUAUUAUUGCAUGGAAAUGUAAAGCUGCAGUGCAGUGCGAGUUCUCCAAAGACGAGUUCCUAACUGGACUAAUGGAGCUGGGUGCAGACAGUAUAGACAAAUUAAAAACAAAACUAGCUACCCUUGAAACAGAAAUUAAAGAUCCCAAUAAAUUUAAAGAUUUUUAUCAAUUCACUUUUAACUAUGCCAAAAACCCAGGGCAGAAGGGACUGGAGUUAGAUAUGGCAAUAGCAUAUUGGAAUAUUGUGCUUCGUGGAAGAUUUAAAUUCCUAGAUGCCUGGUGCAAGUUUCUUACGGAACACCAUAAAAGAUCAAUUCCCAAGGACACGUGGAAUCUACUUUUAGAUUUCGCCACUCAAAUCGACGACGGCAUGAGCAACUACGAUGCCGAGGGAGCCUGGCCCGUGCUAAUAGACGACUUCGUGGAGUGGUGCCAGAAGCAGGGCCUUACCGCCGAAGGGCUGAAGGCGCUGGAGCCGGCGUCCGGCUAGCUGGCGCCGCCGGCCUGCGAGCAGCCCGCGCCGCGGCCGCGCGCGCCGCCCGCGCUCGCGCCUGCGCUUGCGCCCCGCCCGCGCGCGCGUCGCCUCUGCUCGCGCGCGCUGCCCGCCGCGGUCGCAUUGCUGCUGCUCCUGCUCCGCGUGCUCUUCCACGUUCUGGACUUUUGUCCGUUAGAGUGGAUCGCGGUUGUUAUGGUAUUCGAUUUGUGUGGCUAAUACGAUGCAAAUGUAAGUUAUUCCAAAAAGAUAUUUUAUAUUACAUUUAUGGAUUGUCCCGGUCUAAAGACGUUUAAGAUGUUUACUGUGUAAUCUUAUAACUUAGAUCUAAAACAGUGGAGAAACUGUUAUAAGAGUUAAUAAUCACUCUUUCAUAUACAGCUCUCUUGAAGUAGGUACGAAGGUACGCCUAUAAUUGCCAUUGGGUGUUCUCGUAGAUUCUUGAAUUAUCAUAACUAUCGUAAGAUUUGUCAAUUUUUAUUUUAUUUUUAUGACUAAUACUGGUUGUAUUAAAGCUGAAAACUUAUUGACUUUGUUACUAUAUGUAUAAUACUUUUGUCUAAAUAGGGUUGGUAAAUUAAUUCAUAAUCGUUGAAGACAGUUGUGAUAUAUAGGUAUUCAUACAAUAUUAGAUAAAGACUACAAGGUAGGACACUGACGGAAGCCUGUGUAUAUACUUAUAAGUCCGCGUUGUGUCCGUGUCCGCACCGGGCCCUGCGCGAGGGGUGCUCUCCCGCCGGCCGCGAGCCGCGAGCGCGAGGGUCGCCGCGCCGGCCGCCGCGCGUAGCUACGCGCCACGGCCACGUGAUCGUUGCCUAGGCUAGAUACCCUCGUGUCGUGUUCCCAAUACAUGCUAUUUAAGAGAAUUGAUAUCUAAAUAUGUCUCUUAGUAAUUAUUACUACACUGAAUAGUGACAUUUAAAAAAGUAAAAGCUUAGAAAUAUUAUUUUGUGUAUGUAUUUUAUGUGUUGUGACUUCUGUGUCAUCGCGUUUUGUCCUUUUUCACUAAAAAGUAUCUUGACCGACUCAUUAUUCUCAUUUGAUUAGAUUUCUGAGCCUGUAUGGCUUAUUUAUUGCAAUGACUAUCUACACGAAGGCCAACGGGAAUAUAGUUUAAUGUUUUUCAAUGUGACGAGUACAUAGUACCCCAAAAUUUAAGUUGACUUACAGUAGGUAGGUAUAUAAUUUUCGCAAGACUUCUCAUGAAAUUUUAAUUGUAACCUCUACAUAUAUGUAUGUAAACUAUACACGAAAAUACAAAAACAUAUUUACUUCCUACUACAAUUUGUACUUAUGGUUCUGAAGAGGAUAAAUAUACAAAAUAAAAAUCAC